AUGCUGGGUGCCGCGCUCCUGCUGCUGGCCCUGCUCCCCGGGGCCGCUGCCUUGCCCGGCGGACCGCCUGCGCGACCUGCUUCGUGUCACCCUUUCUCCCCGCCAGAGCCCCCAUUCCCCGCGGCGCCCGGGCCCUGGCUGCGCCGACCCCUUUUCAGUCUGGAGCUGUCGGACGCGGAGGACGCCAUCCCGCGCCGCGCGGGGCCGCUCGAGGUGCCAGCCGACAGCCGCGUGUUCGUGCAGGCGGCCCUGGCCCGUCCGUCUCCGCGCUGGGGCCUGGUCCUGCACCGCUGCUCGGUGACACCGUCCUCGCGCCCGGCCCCGGGGCCCGCCCUGGAGCUACUCCGCGGGGGCUGCCCCGCCGACUCCUCGGUCGUCCUCCCACCGCCGCCGCCGCGCCCGGGUGCUACCGGGCCCGCGCGCUUCAGCUUCCGCCUGCGCCCGGUCUUCAACGCCUCCGUGCAGUUCCUGCACUGCCAGCUGAGCCGCUGCCGCCGCCUCCGGGGAGCCCGCCGGACACCGGCGCCUCUGACGCUGCCACCGCCAUCGCUGUGUCUGCCUCAGGAUGAGGCGUGCGCGGGCGCCGGCAGCGACGAGAGCCUGGGUGCCGACAGCGCCCACCUGCACACGCUGACGCAGCCCAUCGUGGUCACAGUGCCGCGGCCACCCCCCAGGCCAUCCAAGGGCGUCCCCGGCAGAGCCGUGCGCCCCGAGCCUCCCGACCCGGCCCCCGCGGCCCUGGAGCCCGCGCCCGUGGUGGCGCUGGUGUUGGCUGCCUUCGUGCUGGGCGCCGCGCUGGCCGCUGGGCUCGGCCUCGUCUGUGCGCAUUCAGCGCCCCCAACCCCCGGUCCGGCCCCGAGGGACUCGCCCAGCGGCCCCCAGCCCAGGAGGCCCCAGUGAGGCAGGU